AUGUCGAGUCAAGAUUACUACAACAAUCAAUACCCCCCGCAGCAGCAAGGCUACGGCGACCCUGGGCAGCACGGCCACCAACAAUGGCAGCCGCCUUCGGGCCCGCCUCACGGGUACGGACAACAGCCUUACAGUCAGGGCUACGACCAGAACCGGCCCUAUGACUAUGGAUCCCCACCACCCCAGGACUACCAGCAACACCACCAAAACGAGGGUGGUUAUCAGGCCCCGUAUGGCCAGCACCCACACAAUCAAAACCAGUACACUUCCCCUCCACCUGAAGGGUACCAGCACCAACCGGAUCAUUACGCGGCACCUCCACCCCAGGGCUACCAUCCUAACCCGGAUCCGUACGCUUCUCCUCCACCUGAUCAUUCUUCUUACCACCAGCGGGACUACUCAUCUGUACCGCAAGACUAUGGCUAUAACGACCAAGCACAACGGGCUUACUCACCUAAUCCACCACCUGUGCAAACCCAAUACGACAGCUUCACUCCGCCUGUCAAUGCUCCACCAGCGCACAUGGCUCAAGGCUAUCCAGGCCACUCCGGCGCUCUUGUUGAUCCGAACGACCCCAACGUGACUCAGGACCGCGGACUUAUGGGUGCCGUGGCUGGAGGUGCGCUAGGAGCAUAUGGCGGCCAUAAAGUGCACCAUGGGUUUCUCGGCGCCGUCGGUGGAGCAAUCGCCGGGUCCAUGGCAGAAGAUGCGCUGAAGAAGCGCAAGAAGGAAAAGAAGAAGCUUGAGCGACCGGCCGGUCUUCGGCGUGACUCGUCCUCGUCGUCUUCCUCAUCCAGCAGUAGCUCAUCCGACGACGAAAAGAAACAGAAAAAGAAGCAUGGCCUCGCGGCCGCAGGCGUGGCAGGCACGGCUGCGUACGGGGCGCAUCAAUAUCAACAGCACCACGGCAAUCGCGGCCCGGCCACACCCCAGAUGCGGGGCAACUUCUCGGCCUCCUCGAGCAGCAUUACGCUGGACCGGGAUUACGAUCUGAUCGCGUACUGUGAAAACGUCCACGGCGAGCACAAACUCUCGUCCAUCUCGCUGAACCAAUGCCUCACCAACUCGCAUGGACAUUUCGCCUGGCACCGGGGCGGGAAUUUCGGUGCGUCUGCGCGGAACGUAAGAUUGAUCGAGGACGGCCGGGUGCUGGAAGCUGAGCUGGGGACCGGUGGCGGGGGAUGGAACCGAGCUUGGGUCCGCCUGGAUGAGAGGAUCAGCAACAACGACGGCGAGUUGAUUUUCCUCGACUAG